ACGCGUCUUUGUUGUUGUGCGACAUAAAGGAUCCGUGGAUCCCGUACGUUGCCCGCCCCGAGAUUUGAUUAAAAACUCAAUCAAAAGUCAAACUCCAACGCGAUUUUACCCACUGAAUCACUUUAAAAGAGGCCGUUGAGCAGAACCGGAGCGCCGCGGCCAUGUCGUCCGCCGCCGAGUCGGUGGAGAACGCGUCGAUCCUUUCGGAGAGCGUCUCCCACGACGGCAACCGGCUGUGGAUCGGGAACCUGGACCCCAAGAUCACCGAGUACCACCUGGUGAAGCUGCUGGAGCGCUUCGGCCAGGUGCAGCAGUUCGACUUCCUCUUCCACAAGUCGGGUCCCAUGGAGGGCCAGCCGCGGGGCUACUGCUUCGUCAACUUCCACAGCCGCCCAGAGGCGGAGCGGGCCAUCCGCUGCCUCAACGGGAAGCUGGCCCUCUCCAAGCGGCUGGUGGUUCGCUGGGCCCACGCCCAGAGGUUCGAGGGCUUCCGGACGGAGAAGAACACCAUGCCGUCCAGCCUGGAGCCCGGGGGCAGCGGGCCGGCUGACGACGGAGCCAUCUCCUCCGCCAACAACCACCUGAGCACCAGCGCCAAAAUCCGCGCCAUCGAGGCCAAGCUCCAGAUGAUGGAGGACCACCCCGACGAGGAGCCGCCCGGCCCGUCGCCCUACGUCUACAACAAGCCACCGGAGAGGAAGCGCUGGGAGCCUUACAACAAGAACGGGGGCCAGAGCCGGCCCUACCGCAAGUUCAGGAGAUGACCCUUGACCCCUUGAGUUCACACCUGGACGCAGCGGAUAAGCCGCGGGACACCUGCGGUACAGACACAACCCAUGUCGCUCUGGAGGAGGGUGGACAUCUCCGAGGAGAGGGACGGAAUGAUGGCUCACAUGAUUUAAUUGUUAUCCUAUCGGGAGGCCGGGUUUUGUAGCGUCGUAUUUGUGGUUGUUUUCUUUCUUGUGUCCGUGUGAGGUCUGCUGGCCUUGCUCAGGGAUUCGAACUUUCAACCUUCCGGUCACACGAGGAGGGAUGAUUCGUGGUGUCGGUGAUAGACUCUGGCCUGUUUGACAUGUUUUUUUAUUUAGCUGGCCCCACGUUCAUAUUCUCCUGUGCUUUUACCUUGAAAUACAUCGUGUUUUGACGUC